AUUAACACUUGUCAAAACUAGAUUUUCCAAACUACUAAAAACGUGAAAACUUUAUUUAUUUUCGCUAACCAGCAUCGUUUUUAUAUAAAUUUGUGAUUUAUAAAAAUGUCCUCGGCAAUUUAUUUAGAAAAUUACCUUGAUGGAUUAGAGUCAUUGCCUACAGAGUUGGAACGAAACUUCAAACUUAUGCGCAAAUUAGACGAUCGAGCACAGACUGCAAUGAAAAGCAUCGAUUCGAGAGCGAAAGAGUUCAUGCAUAAACUGGCAGCAAAUGGAGGCUGUUCUAUGACAGAUGAAGAACGCAAAGAGCGUCUAAUGGACAUACAAGCACUAUUUGGUAAGGCAAAGGAAUACAGUGAUGACAAAGUACAAUUAGCCAUACAAACAUAUGAGUUGGUGGAUAAACAAAUUAGGCGUCUCGACAAUGAUUUAGCUCGAUUUGAGGGUGAAAUACAGGAAAAAGCAUCAUCGACACGUAGCAAAUCGGAAGAAGCAGUAGUAAAAAAGGGGCGGAAGAAAACAAAGGACGCGAAAACGCCUGGAAAGCGUAAACGUACCGGCUCAUCUGAUGAGGAAACUCGUGCAAAUAACACAAAUGUUUCAACAAGUGGUAGUGGCGGCGGAGGUAGUGGAGGUGGACAAGGUAGCAAAAAGAAAAGGGCGAAGGUAAAUCAAGAAAAAGAAACUCGCAAGGGGGGUCAAAAGAAAAAUGCUGAUAUUGAGGACUCUGAGAAAGAGUCAUGCUUGACGGCUGCAACACACCCAAGCGAUGUCUUGGAUAUGCCAGUUGAUCCUAAUGAACCCACUUAUUGCUUGUGUCACCAAGUAUCCUAUGGCGAAAUGAUUGGUUGUGACAAUCCGGAUUGUCCAAUUGAAUGGUUCCACUUUGCCUGCGUAGGACUUACAACUAAACCAAAAGGAAAAUGGUUUUGUCCGAAGUGUACGCAAGACAGAAAAAAGAAAUAAGAUAUUGUAUCCAUAAAUUUUUCAUACAAAUUCAUACAUAAGUAUUGUAUUAAUUAAGUAGGUUUGUAUUUAGGGUUAUGGAACUUUUUGUAUAAUUAACGUUAGAAAAAAAUAUAAAUAAUUUCCGUUGCAUUU